AUGAUGAUCACCAGUCAACAUUCCUUCUGCUUGAUUCCCUUCGCUGUAGUGGGAAUUUGCCUAUUGUUGGAUCCUGUACGUGUGGGGGCCAAACCUCACGACGAUAAUGCUCCAGAAGUCCUAAACCCUUUUGGUGCAAGGGAUAGCAAUACUACAUCACCAGCUCGUUGGUCCCGUAUACUCAAAGGUCACACUGGGGUUGCAGCCAUGCAGAUCACCGUUGUCAGCGAUAAAUCGAUGUUCUGUGUUUGUGAACAGGUUGAACAUAAUCCCCUCCGGAUCAACGGCCAUCGAGCCUGGGCAGCGCUCUACAAUUUUGAGACCGAUGCAGUCACACCCUUAGACCUGAAAUCCAACUCGUUUUGCGCCGGUGGAAGUUUCCUGGGUAACGGCACUCUGAUCAACUUCGGUGGAAAUCCAGUAGGCCAAGAUCGUUUGCAAACAGGCAACUUUGGACCUACCAACGGCCUGCAGUCAAUUCGAUUUUAUACACCAUGCGAUGAUGGCAAAUGCACUAUCGACGAAUACGAUUCUAUCAAGUUGGCGAGUGCCCGUUGGUAUGCGACGGCAGCGCGUCUUCCAGAUGGUACCAUCAUGAUCGUGGGAGGAAGUAAGACGGCAACUUUCAGAAAUUCGGCUAAAAUCAGCAACCCAACGAUUGAAUAUUUCCCACCAAGACAGCUUCCAUUUGCGACUAAUUCCGGAAAAACACAGAUAUCCUCACCUUUCUUGGAAAGAACUCUAAUAGCCAAUUUGUUUCCAAUCGUAAUCACUCUUCCAAAGCCUGGCUUGGUCUUCUUGGCUGCCAAUAGAGACGCGAUCAUCUACAACUACACAUCAAACCACGAGUUUCGACUUCCACGGAUUCCAAAUGGUGUCAGGGUUACUUACCCCAUGACGGGUGGUGGCAUUCUUCUUCCAUUAUCCCACCAGAACAAAUAUAAACCGGAAGUUUUGAUCUGUGGCGGAAGUGAUUUGGAUGACACUUUAGCCACAAACUUAAUCAAGGUAUCUGAUCCUGCCACGACUCAAUGCAUUCGGAUGGUCCUCACAAAAUUGGGGAUAAAGAAAGGCUGGAAAGUGGAGCACAUGCCUGAGGGAAGAAUAAUGCCUGAUAUGAUCACGAUGCCAGAUGGGAAGGUUCUAAUUGUGAAUGGAGCCAAAACGGGCGUAGGUGGUUUUGGAAGUCUUCAAAACAUGACUGGAAACUCACAUGCAGACAACCCAAGUUUCACACCCGUGCUAUAUCAUCCUGACGCGCCAUUGGGUCAAAGGUUUAGCACCAAGGGACUUCCGACGACAAACAUCGCAAGACUUUACCAUUCUGUUGCCACUCUAACACCUAGCGGUCUAGUGAUGCUUGCCGGGAGCAAUCCAAAUCCAGACUUUACCACAAAAAACUACCGAACGGAAUACCGCAUCGAAUGGCUAAGUCCUCCCUAUAUCAAAAACCCUAAUCGACCGAAAAUAUUGACCCUGCCGAAGAUUGCAAACCACCGGGAGAAGAUCACAGUUAAACUUGAUGAUAUGGACCUCAAGAUAGCAGAACAGCAUAAUGAAGCAGUGCUGCUAGAUUUUGGAUUCGUAACACAUUCGACACACAUGAACUCUCGCCUAGUCAAGUUACGAACCAAGUUUGAUUCUAAUACCAACAAAUUACACGUCGUCAUGCCACCUUCACCAGAAAUAUAUCCGCCGGGAUAUGGCUGGCUUUUUAUCUUAGUCAACGGAAUACCCAGCCCUGGAAAAAGGAUUAUGGUUGGCUCUGGGAAGCUACAUUCAAAUCUUGAACAAACAGGAUGA